GGGGCGGAGCCGCGCGGAGCAGGCGGCGGAGGAGCGUCGUCAUCGCGAUCGCGGCGGAGGGCGAAUUUGAGUGACGACUGAAGACGAGCGGGAUAGGGAGGUCAGAAACACACGCAUUCAGGCCCAACCGCCCAAGGCCGUGACUAGCCGGCAGGCGGCAGCUGCUACCCGCCUAGCCUACCCCCACUCGGCCACACAGACCAGCACACGGCCGCUGGGCCACACCGCCACACAGAGCAGCAGGCAGCAGCACCGGCCACAAGGGGAGGCGAAUUCAGGUUGGCCGGAGCCUGGAACGAGGGAUGGCUGCCGCCUCGCUCGCGUUGGCGAGUCCUCUCCGGCUUCUCCUCCGCGUCUCUCGCCCGCGCGGAGCCAUCCCCGUGCCGUGCUGCUUCAUCUCGCGAGGACGGUAUAGCACCGCCAUUGCCGUCGCAGCAGCUAGGGAUUCGGCGGUGAAAGGAAGCGUGGACAGGAAUUCAGCAGAGGAAGUCAGGAAUAUUCUGGAUAUGGCACAAAGGGCUUCCCAACGAAGAGAUGUUUUCCACACCAAUUUUCUUACUCCGCCUAUAGUGAAAGAGGCUAUGCUGGCAGUUGAAAAGUUAGCAGAUAUCAAAGCAGUAGCUCAGGGUGGUUACCCUCAGGCCGAGAGGUGCCGAAUCUCUGUUGGACACCCGGACUUCAUGACGAGUAACCCAGAUGUAGUUGCUGCUUUGAGCAUAUCAGGGAAUUUCCGGUUGGAACCCUGUUCUCAUGGUGACUUUCUUGGUGCUAUUCUCGGGACAGGAAUAACAAGGGAGAAAGUUGGAGAUAUUCUUUUGCAGGGGGAACGAGGUGCCCAGGUUCUUGUUGAUCCAGGACUUGUUGACUAUCUGAUUUCUACCCUUGAAAAGGUGGGGAAAGUUGGUGUUUCAUGCACUCAGAUUCCUUUGCUUGCUCUAGAAUAUGAACCGCCAAGAACCAAUUCGUUUAAAACUGUAGAAUCAUCGCUCAGGGUUGAUGCCCUUGCCAGUGCAGGAUUUAAAAUCUCACGCACAAAGCUAGCUAGCUUGAUAAGUUCUGGUGAUGUUCGUGUGAAUUGGACACCAACAACGAAAAAUGGAGUUACCCUCAAAUCUGGAGAUGUUGUUUCUGUCAGUGGGAUGGGAAGGUUAAAGAUUGGAGAAAUUGUAACUACGAGGAAAGGAAAAUAUGCGGUUGAGUUGAUUCGCUAUUUGUAAUCAUGGGACUGGUCUACUUUCACGACUGAAGUUAAUGGUUGAAGAAAAGGUUCCGUGGCUCCUGUGUUCGGACUUUUUUGUCAAAUUAUUAGCUAUAUACUACGGGAUCUCACAAAAGACAUGUACUCAUAAUCCUUGUACACCUCAACUAAUUGAUAUAGUUUCCUGCUAGCGCUAAAUGCUCUAUAUGUCGGUGCGUUUGGUUAGAUGUAGGAAUGGGAGUUUAGAAGUGGGUAGGUGUAUAAUUUUUUGUUUGUUUGUUUGGUGGGAAUAAGAAUUUUGACUGGAUGGGCUGGGGGCAAACUCCCAACGACUUUUUAUGUGGAAAAGGUGGAUGCCCCCGCACUGUUCAUCAUGGUUAUGUACAAUUUUUCACUUGCAAGUCUCAAACCCAUGAAUUCAUUUUCCAGUUA